AUGAGGUUGUCUUUCAUCGCUUUCUUACUUGUUCAGACUAUGAUGGCUAGCGCCAGCAAACAAUUUUGUGACUACGGCACUGCUCUUACUGGUGAUCGUACCUGCAAGGGCAUCGCAGCAAAUUCAUAUUGCUGUUCAGGCCGCCAAUCUUCAACCACACCCAUUUAUAGAUCAGCCUGUUAUUCACCAAAGAAUUCCGAAGGGGAUGUACUAGACCAGGUCUGCUCAGGAGGUACAAUCUCUUGCUGCGAUUAA